AUGCAAUCAAGAAAGAGAAGUAAAGUAUUAGAGAUAUCGCAAGCACCAACAAAGAAACACAGAUAUAAUGAUUCUGCAUCAAGUGUUCGCCAAAAAAUUUGGAAGUGUCUUCCUAGAUUAAGUGAACGGGAAAUGGACAUCGAAAAUACUAUAAAACAUAGUCAUCUUUUUAUUAAGUUAACGUCAAAUGAGAGAGAUUAUCUUCAGUCAAUUUUAAAGGGUAUUAAGGAUGUGAUAGAUGAUAGUAAGUAUACAUUCCACUCAGAGUGCGUUGAAUUGAAGAAUUUCCAUAUUACAGAUUGUUGUGUUUUGUUGCCAUUCUUCAUGAUUAAUUUGAACAAGUUUUGGAACAAAUCAAACGACAGUGAUAGUUGUAGUAUCACAAAGCCGUUCUAUGUUCGGUGUUCAGUUUAUGUGUUUAAGUCCUGCCAAAUAUUGCAGAUACCAGUCUUCAACAAGAAAACAACUUUCCAUAACCAUUUGGCCCAUGUAUCAGGUGUUCCUGGCUUCAAACAAAUUGAAUUUCAAUCUGCAGACCUCAAAGAUUUAAUGGGGGGGAUUGUGCAUCAAAUCUCUAAUUGGAAGUUUCAUCCAAGCAAGACGCCUGUUCACAAGAGAUUCAUUGCCGCCCUUUCUAACCAAAAUAAUGUGCUCCGCAGUGUAAUUGAAGAACUCCCCAUCUAUGUCAAUUUGAUUGACAUGGACCUGGUUGCUAAGGUAAAUAUCCCAGCAAUAGAAAGAAGUAAAAAGAAUAUGGAAGAUUACGCGAUUAAACUGCAGGAAUACAACAAUAAGGUAUCAGUCAAAGAUAUUAAGCCCACGGAUGAGACCAAGACUCAAAAGGAUACAGUGAAAUCGUCUAAAUAUUCAAAUUUGAUGCAGCAGAAACACACCACUUCCAGAUACCAAGGGACUUCAAAACGACAUACGCCUACCCCAAAUGCCAUGUCCUCGCAAGAUAAAAGAACUACCCACCACUAUGCCUCCUCAGAAGAUAUCAAAUCCUACUGUAUGGCCACAAUAAAAGCCACUAUUGACGUCGUAUCGUCUAAAUCAGCCUACCAAAUAACUAGAGCUUAUGUGAAAUACCCCAGAACUUGCAUAGAUUCAUUAUACCAGAAACUUGCUGAACUACGAAAUGAAUCAAACUGUAACAUUGUAAUCCUAAAUAUUCAGACAGUACACGAAUCCACUGCAUGGUUUGAAAACUUAAACACCGAGGAAUAUGCCUCUAUUGUGCCACCUCCAAGUGCCGUAAGAGUUAUCAGCAUCGGCGGUGUGGGUGAAAAUUGCAAGCGAGCAUUACGAUUAUUGCAAAACUUUCUAGAGAAUAUUUCUUCAUACCCUAAGCCCAGUAUACAUGCUUGA